AACGGCAGCGCGGUCCCGCCCGGCACUUCCGGGGCUGCUCUAGGACCACAGAAGACUCGCGCCGUCGGUGGUCAGCUGGGUAGUUGCAGCCGGGACCUGCCUCUGGGCUGGUUGAUCAAAGAAGAGGAAGCAGCAAUGUCUGCCGUGGGGGCUGCAGCUCCGUACCUGCAUCACCCUGGCGUCAGUCACAGCAGCCAGGUGAGUUUCCUGGGUGCCCAGCUUCCCCCAGAAGUGGCAGCAAUGCCCCGGCUCCUGGGGAACCUGGACAGGAGCACAUUCAGAAAAUUGUUGAAGCUGGUGGUCAGCGGCAUGCAGGGAGAAGACUGCCGCGAAGCGGUGCAGCGUCUCGGGGAUGGCGCACACCUGUCGGAGGAGCGGCUGGGUGCCCUGCUCGCUGGCACCCACUCACUGCUCCAGCAGGCCCUCCGGCUGCCCCUGGCCAGCUUGAAGCCCAACACCUUCAAGGAACAGCUCCAGGAGCUCUGCAUCCCCCAAGACGUGGUCGUGGACUUGGCCAGUGUGGUAUUUGGAAGCCAGCGGGCUCUUCUUGACUCCGUGGCCAGGCAGCAGGGGGCCUGGCUGCCUCGUGUUGCCAAUUUUCGGUGGAGGGUGGAUGUGGCAAUCUCCACCAGUGCCCUAGCCCGCUCCCUGCAGCCAAGUGUCCUGAUGCAGCUGACUCUUUCGGAUGGGUCAGCACACUGCUUUGAGGUCCCCACAGCCAAGUUCCAGGAGCUUCGGUACAGUGUGGCACUGGUACUGAAGGAGAUGGCUGACCUGGAGAAGAAAUGCGAGCACAAACUGCAGGACUGACCAGCACUCCCAGUUGCUCUGGUCACCUGGCAAUGGCUGCUUAGACAUCUCCAAAGCGAAGCCCACCCUGCCUAGGAGGCAGUCUUCUGUGAGAGUGUGUGAAUGCAGCCAUGUUGUUCUCUGAAAAAGACAGCAGUGUUAUUUCUUUAUUUGGGAGUAAAGCAACUAUAAAAACAUGUCUUCCUAGGUGGUGUCACCCUGCACACCCCUCCAUUUGCCGUUGGUGGUGUUGCUGGGUGAGGGCACCCACUGCUCCAGGGUGGCCAUCUGCUCUGGUCACAGUUUGGGGUCCAGUCCAAGGCCUUUGUGCAGAUGCCAAGUUUGUUCAGCUGGGCCCCAUGUAGCAUCUGAGCACUCUGCUCAUUUGCUUCUGUGAACCCUGUUUCAGCGUGGAUAUUUCAUUCUCCUGUCUUAAAUCCCUUACCUCAUGGAGCCAACAUUGUAGAGGAGAGGGGAAGACAUUCCAGAAUGCAUAACAACAGAUAACUGGUGUAGCUUGUUAGUGGAUGGUAAAUGAUGCAGAAAAUAGGCCAGUGUCCAGAGACUGGGAGGCAGGGCUAUGGAAGACCUAGGCUGUCAUUUUACAUUGGGUUAUAGGGUGGGCCUCCUAGAAGAACUGGUGAGCAAAAACUUUAAAGAGGCAAGGUAGUCCAGCCGGUGUGGCUCAGUGGUUUAGCUUUGACCCAUGCACCAAGAGGUCACCAGUUUGAUUCCCGGUCAGGAC